AUGACCACAACUGCUCCAUUUUCAUCAAAUGAAAAUGAACCAUCAUCAUCAAGUGUUUCAUUUAUUCAAUCACAAAAAGGAAAACCAAUGCUGGAAUUAAAUAACUGUAUUUUCAAAUUGAACAAAACCACAACAAGUACAAAAUACUGGAUAUGUACAUUUGAUGAAUGUUUAGUUAAAGCUCAUACAAAUACGAACGACAAAUUGAUAAAAAUGAUUGGUGAACAUUGUCACCUUCAAGAAUCAGAAAAAAUUGAUAUACGUGCAUUUCGAGAAAAAGUCAAACAACGAGUGAUAGAUGAAACAACACCAAUUCCACGUAUCUAUGAUGAAGAAUGUGCUAAAACAACAUUAUCAACUGCAGCAAUAGCAGUAUUACCAAGUGAACGUGAAAU